GCGGGGCAGGGGCGCGGCGGGGCCGUGCCCGGGGCCGCAGCCGCCCGGGAGGGGCCGGAGCGAGCAGGAGCCUCUCCCCGCCGAGCGGCCUCCGCCCGCCCGCCGGUGCCCGGCGCUGCCUGCAGAGCCGCGGCAGCACCGGGGAGUGAGCGACUCGGCGAGGGGAGGAAAAGAGGAGGAAAAGAAAUCGGAUUGCCGAAAGGAUUAGGAAGUGGGGUGGGGAGCCGAAGCUCUCUCCCUCCCUCCUUCCCUCCCUCCCUCCUCGCACACAUUUGUGAAGCUUUUCAGAGUUACCCUUCAGCAUCAGUACCGGCAGCGACCCGGGUGAGCCGCGACAGCGGAAGGUGCUCGGCAAACUGCAAGAGCGAUCAGAGGGAGCGGAGUGGUCCGGGCCGGCAGACCCUGCCCUGCCCCGGCCCCUGCCCGCGCCGCGGGGCACCGCGCUUCCCGGCUCCGCUGGCUAAUACACACAUACAUAUACAUAUAUAUAUAUAUAUAAAUACGCUUUUACUGCUCCUCUCGGAGGACAGGAUUUGGAGCAUUAAGGGCGGGAGUGCUGCCAGACCGCCUGCCCUGGACGUGCGAGGUGGGGAGAGAGGAAGGGAGAGAUGCCUCUGAUUAGAGGGAAAGUCGUGCUCAUUCUCGGAUUCGUCUUCCUGACAACUUUCCUGGCUGCGGUGAGAGGGCUGCCCGUGAGAGGGAAACAGCGCAGCAACAGCCCGAAGGAGAGGAGCUCCAAGCUGGCGGAGGUGUCAGCGUCACCCGGCCCCAGCUCGGCGGGGGACGAGGAGCUGCCCCCGUCGGGCCGGGCGCGGGGGCUGCGGCGGCACCGGCGCAGAGGACUGCCUCAGCAGCCCGCCAGGAGCCCAGCGCUGCCCCAGCCCGGGGCUGCCGGCCAGGACGAGAGCCUGCCCUUCAUGCUGGACCUGCAGAACCUGCCAGGGCUGGCCAACGUGGACCUGAGUGCCCAGAACCCCAACAUCCAGGUGACCAUUGAAGUGGUGGAUGAUCCUCAGGCUGAGAUGGAGAUGGACUUGUUGAAGGAGACAAGCAAUGACUGGUCUCUGACAUCCUCUGAGUGGUUGUCUCACAAGGACCUGUUCUGGCCCCUCUUCUGGGAAUACACUGACCCUGCUGAGGGAGAGGAGGAGGAGGAAGAUGAAGAGGAGGAGGAAGAGGAGGAAGAGGAUGACAACCUGGAUGUAGGAGACAGGGAAGAAGAAGAAGAGGAUGAUGACGAAGAGGAAGAUUACACAGCAGAGUAUGAGGAGGAGGAGUCCAUGCUUAGUGGAGUAGGUGGUAACUGGGACCAGCGAUGGCCUGGGCAGAAGAACUGGAUUUUUAAGGAAAAAUACAAUUACGACUAUGAAGAUGAGGAGGAGUGGAGCCCAUGGUCCCCUUGCAGCAUCACCUGUGGCAGUGGCAACCAGAAGAGGACCCGGUCUUGUGGCUAUGCCUGCACAGCGACAGAGUCAAGGACCUGUGAUCUGACACACUGCCCUGAAGGAGAAAUGGUCUUCCCCACAGAAGAGACACCUUUCAAAAGCGACAACACCACGGAGCUGUUCAACUCAGAGGUGGACAGCUGUGAGAAGUGGCUGAACUGCAAGAGCGACUUCCUGACCAAGUACCUGAGCAAGGUUCUGACAGACCUGCCCAGCUGCCCCUGCUCCUACCCGCUGGAGGCCGUCUACAGCGCCGUCAACCUGCGGGACGAGCAGCGGGGCAAGAGCUUCCGCUGGCGGGAUGCCAGCGGCCCCAAGGAGCGCCUGGACAUCUACAAGCCCACGGCACGCUUCUGCCUGCGCUCCAUGCUGUCCCUGGACAGCACCACCCUGGCUGCCCAGCACUGCUGCUACGACGAGCACACCCGCCUCAUCACCCGCGGCAAGGGCGCCGGUGUCCCCAACCUCAUCAGCACCGAGUUCUCUCCGGAGCUGCACUACAAGGUGGACAUGCUGCCCUGGAUCCUGUGCAAGGGGGACUGGAGCCGCUAUCACGCCGUCCGGCCCCCCAACAACGGGCAGCGCUGUGCUGACAACCCCGCCGAGGAGGAGUACCUGUCCCAGCUGCAGGAGGCCAAGGAGUACUAGCCACGGCCACUCAGAGGUGCCAUGACCACUGCUGGCUGCACCCUGCAGCCUGGCCAGCCCUGACCCUGCUCAUGGGCUCCUCAGUGGUGCCAGGCAAAUGGGGAGGAUGCACCAUCUGUCCCAUCCCCUCAGAGGGGUGUCUCAGCCCCCUCCGGUUGCUGGGGGUGCUGGAGGUUAUUGUGGUGCAGUCCCUGCCGUGCCACCCAGGGCAGUCCUGUAGUCCAGGGCUCCUGGCCUGGCAUGUGGAGAGCAGCAGGGGCUGGGAAGUAUAAAGGGAACAAGGGGCUGCUCCUGUCUGCUUUUAUUCUCUGUGACCUUUCAAUGCAGCCUGAAAGCUGAGCACAGGGUGAGUUGGGCUCAGCUCCUGCUGGCUUCACACCACAUCUGAGGAGCUGCCGCAGGCAUGGCUGCCUGCUCUUGUGUGUACACCUGCCCUGGCACAUGCUGGUUUGUGUCUGAAACUGGGGGUAGGUCUUACUAGAGAGUGCAGGGCUGUUCCAGCCAUGCAUACAGAGCAGGGCCUCCCCCAUCCUUGGGUUUGUGCAUGCAGGGUUGGCAAGGAGCAGGGAAAACCUUAUCAGGGUCUGUGGGUCUGGGGGAGGGGGCUCUAGAGGGUCUCUGGAGCACUUGUGACACAGCCCAAAAGAAACUCCUGUGUUUUCCACUCACUGCCCUGCCAGGGGCAGGAGGCACCUUGGCCACUGCUCCUGCCAUUGCUGGUGAGGAGCAAAGAGCACUGAGCCAAGCUAGGCCCUGCUCCAUGCUGAGUCUGUCCAGGUCCCCACCUGGGGGCAGACACACCAGACUGAGCCAUGGACCCCUCAGACUCACUUCCAGGCCAGGCUCACAAGUGUGGCUCCAGAGGAGGAAGACACACACGUGCUAAUAGUGUCAAUACCUGGUGUCCACAGAUCAGGGAUCCUCAUGCUCUCUGUUGGCACUUGGAUCUUGCCUAGGUUUUAUUCAGCUUUUCACAGGUCCAUGGCAGUGUCUCCUAGCAUAUUUUGGAAGCUUUUCUGCAGAGAAACUAGGCUGAGCACCUUCAUCCCUGGACAUUCAGUUGCUGAACUGGCAGAAAAUUUACAGCUUUUCUUUAAAAAUUUUUAUGCAUGAGGAGAAAUAAAAGUCAAGCACACAUAAAGAAGAAUGGAGUAAUUUCUACACUAGAGGUUUCAUGCAAGUCUGCUAGCUACUCUGUGUACUUCUGCAGGGCACUGUUGAACCAAAGCAGUGGUGCCAGAGGUUGACCUUCCUGUGCCAUCAGUCCUUCUUACAGGAGCUUUCUCCAGCCUCAGUGAAUAUCCUUAGUCUGAAAAACUCUUUGGGGAGUCUUUCUGGGGGCAUCUUUGUGUCUGUUGAGUGUAUGUGGAUCCAUUUGCCUUGGUUACUGCUAGAAUAUUGCAUCCUUGGUCAUCCAUACCUAGGACUUCAUAGCUGGUAAAACAAAAGUAUUAAUGAACUUACUUAGCUAUUGGAUACACCCUUGUAUCCCUAGACUCUGGAUAUGGGUUCUAUUAAAAUACAGGCAGACAUCAUCCUUUUCCCAACAGAGAUGCAGUCUGAGGUGACCAGUGUUCUCUAAAUGGUGAGAAGGAAGAGAAACAAAUAAGCAUUGAUGGAGACCUAGAGAUCACUACAUGCUCUCUAGCCCAGAUGGUCAUUCACUCACUAGUUUCUGGCAAAGAGGUAGGUCAGGAGAGGGUGACAGUGAGCUGGUGGCUUGGUCUGGGAGCCAGGGAUCCUCAGCAAGAGACAUGGAAGGAAACAAAUUGGGCAUCUGAAGCCAUGGAAGGAUGAGCUUGGUAACUGCAGUCAUUCAGCACUCCCAUACCAUAUGCCAUCAUUAACAUCAUCAAACUCUCAGUGGAGUUUGUUUACCAUCAGGGCAGAUUUCUUUAAAGAAACCUCCUGUUGAAAGUGCCUAGUGUUCAUUAUUGGACCCACCCAUGGAAGCAGGACUUCUACAAACAGUCUUUCUUGAAGAAGACUUGCCAAAGCUCAGCCAAUUUGUUUGUUAGACUGGCUGCUCUCUAGGAAGUGCUCUUACAGUAAGAGUGUUACCCAGGAUUUUUACUGUCCUCCUCUUUACACUGGCUAUGUCAACCCAGAAAAACUUGUGAUUUCUGUAAUAACUGGAGUUCCUGUACAAGGGCAAGUAAAAAAGUUUCCUUCAUUGAUACUCCCCCAUUCCCUGACACCCCAACAAAAGCUAGUUGAGAGCCAAGUAGCUGUUCUGCUUUGCUGCCUCUGUGGUUUGGACAAAACAGGCACAAACUGGAGCAUGAGAAACAAGCACAUUGUUCCUCAUACAAGCACCUUACACACCAGGAGACUUUGCAGAACACCAUGAGAAAAGUAGACAUUAAGCAAGUGUUUAUUUUUAUAUCCUGUCAAAGAUUCUGUCCAGCCCCCUGCUAUUUAAGUUAUGAAUCUCUAAGCUUUCACUUCUUAAGUUUAUUGGUUUUUUAUAUAUAUAAUAUAUAUAUAAAAUGUCUUUUAUUCCUACAGAAUUUCACAGAGAAGAAUUCUUUAAACUGAUGCUGCAAUAAAGCACUUUAUACAUGUAUAUGUCAUGCUGAUGUCAUU